UUCAAUCAACAUAGCCAUCUAUUUAUUUUGGUUACCUGGGUAACGUCGGUAAUGCCAAACAUACAUGUAUUGUUAUUUCAUUUUAUAAUAAUAAAAAUCUUUCAAUAUUGCUAAAAUUAUUGCUAUUAAUAAAAAUGAGUGAUAUAAAUAGUUCCAAACGAAAAAAGAAACCGAGGAGCAGUAAAUCCAAAUCGAGUGGCUCCAAAUCAACUGGAGGAACAAGAAGUAGAGACAGAACUAUUAAAUCGCGUCCAUCUACUGAAUAUCGACAGAAUGAAGAAGAUGUGCAAUAUAUGUUGGGAAAUACAAGCUUUCAUCUUGACUUCAGUUCCCAAUCAGAUAGUACAACACGUAGUAUGGACUUCUUUUGUGGCACUACGUACACAGCUGAAACAACUGCAGCUCAACAUACAUUGGAUAAAACCUUUAGUGUUAAGUCAACAGAACAGGACGAGUUAACUGAUGAGACAACCGAAACAUUUGCUGAAAGUGAAAAAGUAUCUUAUGACAAUGAAUUACUUAAGAUUGAAAAAUUUACCUCAUCUCAAUCCUCGCCAAUAAAUAAUCAACAGACAGUCUCCACAUUUAUACAGAUCGAUGCAAAGGAUGAGAAAAUAACCUGCACGCUGAUAUCUACAAAAUAUUAUCGCAAUGCAGAUUUGUUUUACAAGCCCAGUGCUCUUCUCAAUAUGAAUAUCACAUUAACCAAUGAUAUUGAUGUGAGAAAACUAACUCCACAGACCAGGCGUUUACUGAAUCGAUACUUUGAGGAAGCUAAGGCUGUGGAUAAAAAAAUCUCAAAUGAAAUUGUUAUGAAAUUAAGUAAAACACCAAAAAAUAAUGAACGAAUUUUCAUCAAAGACGCUAACCAACUAUAUCGUACACUUUGUGAGCAUAAAUUUAAACCUGUAUUUUGCGUUCCUACUCUACAGGUGUUGGAGAUACCCACACGUAAAUUUAUAAAAAUACACAUACGAGAUAUACGUUUUACUGCACAUCCACAAAUAUACGAAGAACAUCGCAUAGCAAAUCAUCUGGAAGAUUUAUACAAACAAUAUGUACGUCUUCUCAAUGAAAACUUGUGUGAGAAGUUAGAGUCUGAACUCAAUAUUGAACGGAAAAUAGUAAAUAAUUUGUUAAAGCGGGAGUCUUCGGUGUCAGCUUCAAAACAAAGAUCACCCUAUACUCAGACCAAACCGGUACAUAGUUUGGAGCAACGUUUACGAUACAUUAAAGAACUGCGUGAGAGGCUUUUUGAAGCGGAAGCUGAAAGAAAAGAUUUAGUCAAAGAGAUCUUAAAUGUUUGGCUUAAUUUGAAAAAUACACGCAAGGAACAGGAAUAUCAGUACACACGUUUAAGAUUGCGUUUAAGAGUAGAAAAGCCUAGUGAUAUUGCUGCGGAAAUUGACAAAUGGAACAAACGUUUUGAGACUGAUCUGAGUGAAGUUUACCGUGAGCAACUGGAAAAAUUUUAUUGUGCUAAACGUUUAUAUAAAAAAAAUGAUUAUGAUCAAUCAAAUCAAAAGCCACCACGCAAGCCAAAUAUUGAUAAAGUUACGAUGGAAUUAAGAAAGAUAUAUGCAAAAAGUUUUAAUGGACCUGAAGAACCUAAAAUCACUAUUUUACAAAGUUUUCUUAGCGAUGAGGAAUUCUACGAAAUUUCUCCACAACAUACUAAACUGAAAAGUUAUUCUAUUAAAAUAUUUUUUGAUGAGGAAUUUGUUGGGGAAACUCGAACUUAUCGUCUAGAACCAGAUCUUAACUUGCAGAUUAAUGAAGCAAUUGGAAUUUUAGUCGAACGACGUUUACCAAAAGAUAUUAAAAUUUCUCUGUAUGAAAAGACAAGACUUGCACCUUCAAAAAAGUUGGCAAGUGUGACCAAUAGUUUUUUGACUUUCUUCACAAAAUCAAAGCAAAAAGAAACGAGUACACAGUAUUUCGAAUUUUCCUCUCUCAAACAGCCAAUAGCAGGACGUAUAAGUUUAAAUUUUCAAUGUGAUGAAGAACAGCAUAGUCAAGACCUAAUAAUUCCAUUAAAAUAUAAUGCAGAAGUAAGAAAAGAUCUCACUAAGGUAUGCAGCGACAAGGAAUGCAGUGAAAGCGACGAAGGUAAUGAAAAGGAACAGGAAUCAGAACAGAAAAAUAACGUAACAACCUGUACAUUUGAAGAAACAAUAUUACAGUUCUGUUCUAUCGAUGAAAUCGAAAACAAUCCACGUUUUCGCCUCCUACAUUCGAGAUAUCUUAAAAAUGAUUCCCGCACUAAAGACUUACAUUUAGUGCCUUCAUUAGAUAAUGAGUUAGAGUUCGAUUGGGAGGCACAGAAUGAGAAUGUUAUUGAGCAUGGAAAUUGGAUGGAUGCAAUUGAUUUAUUUAAGCACAGAGGUAAAAAAUAUUUAAGAAAUCUUUACACAGCAAUAGAUAAUCAGUGCUCGCGUUUAACCAAACUUAUGGAAAAUGCUGAAAAUCCACUUAUAGGCGAUGAACCAGCUACAUGGAGUGGUUUCUUUCGUGCUAUAUCAUUAAUAUUUAAUCCCAAACGUCCGCUGAAUCCGAUUAGAACAGAUGUGCCAAUUAGUACUACAGUACCAUUGACUGCGGAUGCAAGUCAAAAUUUUAAAAUAAUUUUAAAUGUGGUGCGCGCUACAGGUAUUCCAAUCCGUAGUGAUUUACUGUAUAACCUUGAUAGUCGCGAAUUGAGUACUAAUAGUAGCACACAUCUAUUUGUCACACAGAAUCUAAAAUAUUCCAAUGUCAGACCUUUCAUAACUUUAAGUUACAAAGAUAAAUUCUGUCGCUCUCUCACGGCUGAAGGUUCUAAUCCCACAUGGAAUGAGCAAUUAAUUCUGCAAGCAAGUGGCAAUUUAAGCGAUCAGCGAGAUGAUAUUAAAAUAUCACUUUUUGAUGAAUUAAUUGAGCAACACACUAACGAUGAUCCGCUCUCAGUAAGACAUAUGGACAUGUAUCAAAGAAUACAAACGAAUUGGUUGGGUGAAUACAGAAUACCAAUACAUGCACUUCUGACGAAUAAAAAGUUUGAGGGCGGUUGUGAGCUAAAUACACCAAAAAUUUUACUAGGUUAUAAACGUCCUAGUUUGGAAAAUAUUACAACUUUAAAUGAUACGAGUUUAACAAUAGAUCAAUAUCCAGAAAUCAAAGAGAAUAUACGAUUGUGGUUUUAUAUAAGCAUUGAACCAGUAUUUCAUUUACCACAAAUAAGAACCUUCUGCUUAGAAUGUGUAGAGUUAGUGGAAGUCCGCCAAUUUCUCCAUGAAUGUGGUUUACAAAUGAAAGAAUUACAGCUACCCCGUUUUAUAGAACCGCUCAUUUGUAGUGCGGAUGGUAAACUUAUGUGCAUUACUAGACUAUUGGAACCAAUACCGCUACCAGUUACGGAAAGUCAAAAUUUAUUAGAAAGUAUCUGUCGUUUUGUAUCCCUAUUAAGUACAUUGAAAUGUAAUGAUGCUUAUAUGAGUUUUAAAGGUGUAUGGUUAAGUAAUCAGUUAUUAUUAGACUCCACAUGGGGCUCAACAAAAGAUUUGGGAGUGUUAUUGUGCAACUAUUUCUUGACUAUUGGCAUUAAAUGUUGGCUAGUGUUAGGAUUAGCGAAUCCAUAUGGUGAAAGUACUUUUGUGCUAUAUAGACUAGAUGAAGGUGAUUUAAUGCUAGCAGAUCCUUGCACUGGUAAACGUUAUUACGUGAAAGAUGUCUUUUGUCCUUUAUACAAGAUUAAUUUCGUGAUUAAUCAGAAAAAUAUCUAUUUUAAUAUACAGUCAGAAACUCGAGUUUCUAUGACAAACUUUAAUUUCAACGAUUCGUCCUGUUGGUUUACACUAUUCAACAAGAAGAAUCCCGCACCAUUAGGUGGAGUUCAACAACUUAAUUAUAAAUAUAUUGAUACAUUCAAUACAGUAGAAUUACGAAAAAAUAUAGAACGCAAAAUUAUCAAAAAAAUAAACUCUUGGAGGACAGUGCAUAAAACUAUUUGGAAUAGAGGAUUCCAGAACCGUUUAUAUGCAAUACUUCAACAAUUGGAACAAGAGGUUACAUUUGGUAAUAAUUCAUAUAACGAUUCACACCAGACUGAACAUUUAUUUUCGGACAUUCCCAAUCACAGAAUAUAUGGAUUCACUCUUAACUUUUCAUACACAAAUCUGGCAUCAAUCUCAGAUCGUAUCAAAUCAACUUGUAUUCAUUUAAAUACAGAUAGAGAUGUAGAAUUUUCUUUAGCAGUACACAUUCAUGCCUAUUCGAACAACGUCCUGUCGAUAUGGGUUUUUUUAAUAUCUAUAACACCUCUAUCAUAAUGUAAUAUGGGAAAAACUAAAAAAUAUACGAAUGAGACAUAUCACAACACAAACAUAAUCACAAUGAAGCGAUAAAGAACUGACUUAGACCAAUUUAAAUAAGCUAAACUGAUAAAGAAAUCGUAUCGUCCGAUAGACGUUCAAUUUUUGCGCUUCCACAAAUAGUCCACAGUCGGAACCGAAAUGUUUACGUAGAAACAAGUGCUGUUUGUUGUGAAAAGAUAUAAUUGCGAAUAUUAUUUUAUUAAGUUCAAUAAUAUUUUUUAAAGACUAUUUAAAGCAGUACGAAUCUUUAAAAAAUGAGAUAUCAAAUAAUUGGAGAAAUUAAAAACAAAACUGAAAAAGUUAUACGCUACAUAAAAUGGCUCUACAUGCUUUACGAAUUGAAUACACAUCUCUCCAUUUGUGAACCUUGGGAAAAAGUUUUUAUUAAUUUGCUCUUUUUGACGGUGUUCAUAAUAGUUUUUUAUGCAACAUUUAUUUUCAUACCGAGCUAUUGGACAACUUUUGUAAAGUACAUGACGCCAUAUACCCGAAAUCUGAUUGGCAUGGAGCGCGAUACAUUAUUCAUAGAAACCUAAUAAAAUUAUAACCGAUUAUAUAUUCCUUUUUUUACAUAUAAA